CUUCACUGGUUUGCGGCCUCAAGUCGAUGGAUGUGAAGGAGACCUCUUUCUGGGCCUUCCUGGCUUUGCUGCAAAUUGCUGUCGUGGUGCGCGCUGCCUGUGGCGUCCUUGGGCACCCUGAGCACGUCAAGACACAAAUCACCAGGUCCCUUUGCUCGAUUUUCCGCGCUGCUCGCAGCCUUCGGAGGAAGACCUUGAGCCCUUCGGAGCGCAUAGUGGAGGAGGAGAUCCUGCAGCUCAGGGCCAAGUUAUCAUGGCACUUGUCCAGCAUUUAUACAGUCUUCAACUUUGGGCUUCUGAUUGUGCUCCAAGCCCAGGGCCCGAGCCCCAACGCCUUUCUGUGGAACAUGCUGGCCAACUUCGCGUGGUUCGCCCUCAGCUCGCUGGCGCCCAGCCUCUUGCGCCAGGACCUUUGGUACGCUGUGUUCAUGCUAAGCUGUCUCAGCUUCUUGUGUCCCUGGUGCUCCACAUUCGAUCAGAGCUUGAAGAUGGCGCCUUUCUGCCUGCUGCUGGCGCGAAUACCCUUCGUAGUUCUACCAAGCCGUAUGAGCCUGGUAGUGAUUUGCAACUCUCUCUUCGCGCUCACCGCGAUCACGCGUAUGGUUUGGGAGGGAGGCAAUUUGGCGCCCGCCGAAGACGGCCUGCCCUUCGCCCCUGGUGCCCGAGUCAGUCUGAUUACGCUGGAAUGCCUUGAGUGCUUCCUGGUCGUUGCUCUCGCAGCCCUUCUCCGUAUCGCCCUGAAGAAGAACGUGGAGAAGGCGGAAGUGCGGCGCCAGUCGGCCACCCAGCUGGAUGCGAUGACGUCUUUGCUACAGCUGACCUGCGAUGCCGUGGUUCAGCUGGACUCGGAGCUUCGCUUGAUGGUGCAUUCGCCUGAGCUCGCUGCGAUGCUACUGCGAGAUCCCCAAGGCGCAUCGCUGGCAGGCAUGAAGUUUACGGACUUCAUGCCUGCAGUGGACGCGAGCCAUGCUUCAGAGCAUUUGAAGGACAUACGGAGCUCGAGCACCUAUGGGUCAGAGAGGUCCAAGUCUGCCCACGCCUUCCAAACGCGGCUCGUGGACUCUUGUUCCUCCAAGCUGCGCGCGGAGGUCUUUCAGGUGAUGUACAGACAAGGCUCGGAGACGUAUCACCUGGUGGGCCUCCGGGACUUCACGGAUACCAAGCCUUUGCGGAGGUCAUUCGACAUGGAUGCGAGUAUGGACUCACUGGGCGCGAGCAGGAGCAGCAUGGACCAAUCCCGGUCCCCAGAUCCCGAGAAGAAGGGAAGGAUGUUCCUGGACUGCGAUUUGGAGACCAUGCAGGUGAAUUCUGCAUCGGCGCCGCUGAACAGGCUCUCGGGCUCCCCCCUGAGCGACCUUUUCCCGCAUCACAUCAUCCUGCUCUUGCGCCGGCUAUGCGACGAGGGGCGCACGCUUGUCGAGAACCAUGAGCCCAUGUCGGCCAAAUCCUACGCUUUCGAAGACCUGCCAGUGCACUGGCGAAUUCUGUCCGGGACCAUCUCCGGCAGCAUGCAGCUGAUGCAGACAAAGGAAGGGCAGAUCCAUGUGCUGAUGGCCUUCAACUCCACACCUGCAUCCGGGUCAACGCUGGGUCCCAUGAGCCCUACCUGGAGCCCUCGGAGCAGCCAGCGCAGUGAGAGCAGCCAGGAGUCGAGCAAGAAGCGCCGGGAGAGGAGGAAUCUGGGAGGCAGUCCGGCUCGCAGGGUGAUGGAGACCUUGGCGAACCGUGCCACACGCAGUAGGUUGUGAGGCGUCGCGCCAAGGCGGCGGCGCCGGCAGCGAUUCGCUCGUGCCGCGCGGAGGAAGCUCUGUUCCCAGUGUUCAGGGGGGCGAUCCCCUUAAAGAGGG